CUCUGAUUUGGCGUCUUUUCGUCAGUCGAAUCUGGCAACACCACCUGCCCGGAACUACGCAACAGAACAUUGUGGACAGCUGUAGCUUUCCAGCAAACUGGUCCAGGUUUCAUAACAAUGACUGUCUGCAUUAGUCUGGGUGGGUUGCUGUGCGUUACUGCGGGGUUGUCAUCAGCGCUAGUUAGCUGAGGAUCCGGGUGGUGAGCGACUUUUCAGAGCUUUUGGAGCUUAGCGGCAGCUAACAGAGCUUAGCUAACCGACAGACGCAGCAUGGGCGAUGCUAGUAUUACUCCCAGGUUCGGCAACAUGAGAGCGUUGCUUGGAAUAGUUGCUGGAGCUGGAGCUUCUUACGGGUUGUACAAACUCCUCAGCGGGGGGAGCUUCAAGAGGAACAAGAAAAGUGGUGGUCCCAGGAGCGGUCUGCCCAGUGAAGUCUCCCUUCAACCGGGCAGCCUGCUGGCCAGAGUGUCCGGACUGGACGUGGUCUGGCCCCGACCUGUGGAUGUUAAAUCAGGUGAAAUCAUCCACCAGUCCCCUGGCAAUUUGGAGCCACAGCACUUGAAAAUGCUUCUGUCAUGUCUGCAGACCAGCAACAAUCCACUUGACCGAUGUCGGAUACUACUGACGUUGGGGAAUUCUGCUGCCUUCACUGUGAAUCAGAAUCUUAUACGGGAAUUUGAAGGGAUUCGUCUCAUAGCUGGUUUCCUCUCUGAUCCUGCAGCAGAUGUUAGAGUGCAUACUCUGAAUGCUUUAAAUAAUCUAUGUAUGAACAUCCCAAACCAAGAUCAAAUAAAGUUUUAUGUGCCACAAGUGCUGGAGCUGAUUGAGAUGUCACCAGUGAACUCCGACCUUCAGCUCGCUGCUCUCCGGCUGCUGACGAACCUUUCAGUCACAGAUAAACACCAACACUUGCUGAAGGAGUCUGUUACACUUUUACUCUCUCUACUUGUUGUGAGCUUUGAAGCAUUACAGGUUCAGGCUUUGAAAGUCCUUGUGAAUUUGUCAUCCAAUCCACAUAUGAUGGAUGACAUUGUUCAAGCUCAGGCACCAGCGUCGGUUGUGCUGCUCUUUGAUUCGCGGACAGCUCCCGCUGUGCUUCUGCGAUUGCUGAUGUUUGCAGGGAACCUAAAGGCCUGGAGGCCCUGUGCCCAGGUGGCUCAUGAACUGAGGCGCAAGCAGGAUUGCCUGUACCGGGUCAUGUUGGAUGAGUCUUCCCAGCUACACAGCCGACUGGUCCAGCUGCUUUCACACCCUGAUGUUGAGAUUCAGUCGCAGGUGGCUCGCAUCUUGACAUAGACCUCCCUCUGCGCUGUUGAUCCAAGCACAUCUUUUGCUUCCACACAUUUUGCAAAAGCCAUCACCCUUCUAGUUAAAUUCUAUAUCUGUUGACAUUCAUCUCCCAAUAGACAAGGCUGCAAAGCCUCCUGUGGAUGGAUACUCAACUUGCACUCCCACGCUCUCUCUCUUCAUCUACAGUAAUCCCUAGAUCACUAAUAUUACCACACAAGUCAAUUCUCUCUUCCACUUCACUAGCCACACGUCAAUGAUUUUCACGUUCUUUCACUACAAGGAAUUGAUGAGCAAUGAGUGGGCAGGAAACUAUUCAUUUGGUAGAAUAAAAACAGGCCACCUCACCAAGAGUGUUCUCAUUGCCAGAGACUAUUUCCCUUCAAAGAUCCACAGUGCCCUUUCUUCUGAGACUGUCACCUGUUUUCUCUGAAGACAUGCUUCAGGUGAAAUUUACGAUCCAAAAUCCACUGCCAAACAUUUUCUAGAGAAGGUGUCAGAAUGACCUGUAUAGCACAACCUUACUUUCAACCCUUCUGUGGGUUAGAGGGACACUUAAAUGGAAAUCUGAUACGGUUUCUUGGAGAUACUGAUGAAUGGCUAAAACUCCUGUCCUCGCUAAUUUAUCAACAAUUUAUAUUUGCAAAUGCCCAGGUAUCGGCAUCGGGACUGAAAAAGUCAGAUCGCUGCAUCCCUAGAUCAGUGUAUCAAGGAAGAACUUGGCCAGCACACAUGUCAUCCAGCUUGUAACUGAAUGGAGGAGGGCUUGACCUCGACAAAGCUGUCUCUAGUAAUAUUAACUGUAUCUAAACAUUUUUAUGCACACAGUGAUUAUUGAUUAAUAGACUGAAUGUUAAAUACAAGCAGUGUUAUGUUAUAUUAUGCAGUUUUCUAUAAUGAGACAGGAUGUAAGUGACGGAUCCACAUGUUGUCCAACUGGAGGACCUGAGUUGUGGACCCAUCUGCCAAUUUGUGAGCCUCGAAAUUGCAUGAAAAAUUUGAGAAAUGCUGCACGUGUGAGUCUGAACACUGACUUUAUUAAACCAAAAUCCUUAAUCUCUCAGGCAAUAUGGUUUAGCAGAGCAGAUUCAGUAGGAGGCUGAUUUACUUGUGACUUAGAUUAACAUAUUUAUUUAAUGAAGCUAGUCUGUAUUUUGCUUAUGAAAUAUGUUUUAUGUCUGUUUGAAUGUUUCAAUAAAUGUACUCUGACAAAU